CAGGCUCCGGUUCUGUGGCUGGUGCCGAGGCGGAAUGUUGAGGUGCUUCUCGAAUGGAGUCAGAUCGGGAGCUGGGAAGAAGUGUUUCGACUAGUCGAAACCUUGGAAACUUCGCAUGCGUCCGCCAUCCGAAUGGCUCAAUACGGCCUUCGCAGCUGUCACCUGCCACGAGUCACUCAUGGGCGCACGUGUGAACGAAUGGUGCUCGCCGGUAUACAAUAGGGAACGAGCCUUUGGUGUCUCUCUCAUUUGCAUACUUUUAUUUUUGGCGCUUUUUCUUGGAUUCGCAGGCUUCAGGUGUGAACAUGCUUCAUCGUGUCUAGAGUUCGAGUGUUUUUCGUCCCCAUCUCCCGUCCGCGUCUCUCCUACCCAGAAUACCACGCGACCAACACUGCCUAGGAGCGACACCUUCUCACGGCCCCUGAAUCGAGGGGAUCUCGCGUCCAAGUUAAACCACUUAGAUAUUCUUCUCUGCGUCCCGAAGUACGCUUGAGGUGUGCUUCAAUCGCAGCCUUGCUCUUCGUUAGCAUGUGAAUCUUCAACGAAAAAACUGAUCUUGUUCACUCUCGUGAACGCGAAGAGCAGAGUCCGGCUAAUCAUCUCUUCACCAAUCUGCAUAGACGUAAUGGAGACGUUUCACCGACGCUUCAACGCACA